AUGGGAGCGGGAGAAGAUGGACCUCUUAAACCAGUUUACAACCAAAUGAGACCACCAUGGAUUGGUCAUUGGACUGGCAGAGAUUAGUAAGUGGUUUUUUUAAUUUAAAUUUUUUUUCAAUUUCAAAAAGUUAAAAGAAAGUUUUUUUUAUAAAAAUUGUUACAAGAGUUUUUUCUAGCUUAAAUAUUGGAUUUUUUGAUUACGUUGGUGCUUACUGUUGUAAUCCAACUUAUGAAAUUUUAGCAAAGGCCGUCUUGACUGGUGGAAUGAGUUGGGAUUUCAAGUCGAUGCUGAAAUGAGCCGCAAAUUCGUUCCUGCUCACUAUCCUAUCAAAGAGAGAAAUCAAGCUUGGUAAUAACCGUUUCUUUGUUUUCAAUUUAGAUUAUUUCCAAACAAAGGUUUUAACUAAAAAUGGAAACUGCUAUAGGUAUGAUCCAAAAGUUCCGGAUGGACAAUCCAAUGUUAACGUUACAGGACAAGAUUCGUUUUACCACGGUAAUCGAACCAAAAAAGGAGAUGAAGCCAUGAAUCAGUUUGAAUAUCAAGACUAUUUGAUGAAGAACUCGGUUCAAUACAAAAACAUUGCUUCCAAAUACAACCUGAGCAAGGAGCAUCCGGGUAUUGAUGUGUCGCCAGACUUGAAUUCGCUAAGUUACACUCCUAAAGAGUAUCUUGGAUUUGAAGGCGCUAUUACUUGGCCGUCGGCUAAGAUGACUUGGGGGCCAAGAUUCCACGACAAGCCUAUGAAUGAGGGUUGUUUUGAGAAGGGUGGAGCUUUGGCCAAGUAUGCAGCGAUGGGAAGUAAGUUGUUUUAGUUGAUUUUGAGGUUUAGCUAAUGCUAUGAGUGAUGAAAACUGAAAAAAAUGAUUAAAAAGAUCUAAUUACAAAACUUAUUUUUUCAGCUUUUAUCUACUCGUCUAUGUUGUGGCGAAAGACCGAGGACAAACGCUGGAACAGAAUCAGGUUUGGGGAGGUUUUCAAAGUGUAUGCUAAGAGCCUGCCAUUACCUCUGACCUUGUCGUUUGGCUAUGGAGUGGCCAUUUGUACUGCAGCGACGCUUCGUAACAAGGACGAUGUUUGGAACCCGUUCUAUGCUUCUUUGUUCACUGGUAUUACUCUGGCUACUAUCAGUGAGUUUUUAGUUUUUGUUAUCAUUUUAGGUAUAAGAAGGACUUUUUUUUUUACUUUUGAGUACAAAAGUCUUAGAAAACAACGUACUUUUAAGCAUGAAAACCUACAUGUUUAACGAAAACUCUUAUUUUUGCUAUUUAGAAGGCAAUAUGUUCACGUCGGCGAUGUUCACUGGCAGUAUCAUGCUUAUCGGCCAAAUAUGGCACUACCAGCGCGUCACUCAAUACGGUAUCUCUACUCCCGUGGAGAACCAAAAGCUGGGAGGCUUCUGGGGUACCGGACCAAGAAUGUACGAGACUCGUCACUUUGGAAACAUCAAGAUUGGAGACGAAUGCUACUGA